AUGAGUAAUUAUUUUGAUUUUCUUCAUGCACAAAUGAUUAUUAGGAAAAAUGCAGUUGCAAAGCAAACUGAUCAAGUGGCAAACGAGGCACCAACAAUAUCAAUGGCUGUUGCAGCAAUGAGAGCAUUUGCUGAACAAACGAAUGCAUUGGGUCUUGCAGGAUUGAGGAAUAGCUAUAAUAAGUUACGCGCACGUGGGCCACAUCCAAAUAAUUUAACUUUUAAUGCCCAAAAAAUGAAUCGUACUAAAUGCCGAUAUCAUGACGUAAUGUGCUUAGAUAAUAGUAGAGUUCUUUUGAAACCAUGGCCAGAAGAUGAAGGUGAUUUCAUACAUGCAAAUUGGGUUAAUAAUGAACUUCUCGAAUGCCCCUUCAUUUGUACACAAGGGCCAUUGAAUCAAACUUGUGGUGAUUUUUGGCGUAUGGUUUGGCAAGAAAAUGUUGAAUUAAUCAUAAUGUUAUGUCGCACAUUUGAAGAAAAUCGCAAUAAAUGUGCCCAAUAUUGGCCAUUAAAUCAGGGCCAAGUACUUACAUUUUGUGGUAUUACAAUCCAAGCCGUUGAAAAGCGGGCAACAGAUCCAGAUGUCCAUUGUACAGCAUUACUGUUAACAUAUCGUGGCGUCCGACGUCUCCUUGCACAUUAUCAAUGGGUAUCUUGGCCUGAUAGAUUUGUUCCAAGCCAAUUAACGGUGCCAUAUACAUUACUUAGCUCAGCUCGUGCCAGAAAAACACCGACUAUUAUACAUUGUUCAGCUGGAAUUGGGCGAACGGGUACAUUAGUGGUACUUGAAUUACUUUCUAAAACAUUAUUAUCAUGUCGUUUACCAGUAGUUACGGAUAUUAUUUGGUCAGUUAGAUCACAACGUUCUCGUGCAGUUCAAAAUGAAGAACAAUUUUUGUAUAUACAUUAUCUUACAAUACAACGUUUUGUUAAUAAAGGUAUCGUAUCCGAUAAAGCUGUUUCAAAAUUUUGUCGUGAUUAUGAGCAGUUUUAUUUCAUGCGUACACGUCAAACGCAAAUUCCAUUACCGAUCUAUGAAAGAAAGAUAAAAUUACCGCCAAAAAAACUGAUAAGAGCAGAAUUAGUAACAGCACCAUCAACAUUAUCAAUAUCAUCAGUAACAACAUCACCAUCAACCGGAACAUCAAAAAGUCAGGAUCUUACUUCUACAUUAACAAUAGGCGCUAAUUCACGGCCUUCUCAACAAACGAAGAAAAAGAAAGGAACAGUGAAAAAGAAAACGUCAAUACAGCAAGAUCAAAUGACAACAUCAAAACUAUCACGAUCACAAACAAAUCUUCAACACGAAUAUCGUGAAGCGCAAAAGGCAUUAUUGGAAUCAUAUCGUAAAGAACGUACAAUUGCAACGAAAUCAUCAAUACGUAAGCAAGAACGAAAAAUAAAGAAGGGAAAUUUGGAAGCAACAGAAGUGAAAGUUGUACAAAAUACGCCAAAGGAUGAACAAGGAUUAGAUGCUGAGAUUACUGAUGGUAAUGCAAAGAAAGUUGCAGAAGUGGUAAAAGUUGCAGAAGGAGUAAAAGUUGCAGAAACUGAAAAUGCAAAAUUAGAAGAUGAAGAAAAUGCUUCAUCAGUGUAUGCUUUCCCUAAUGAUGAAAUACGAAAAAUUAAAACUAUGGAAGAAAAUUCAGUAUUAAAAGAGGAUGAAAAUGAUCAAGCUGAAUAUGUCUUUAUGCAACCUCUUUAUGCACAUACAUACGGUGCAGCUGAUACGGAAAGUGAUGUGGUUGAAAAAUAUGUGAUGAAUAUGCUACCGGAAGAGUAUUUUGACAGAGCAAUAGAUCAUGGAGCUGAAUAUGUUGCAAGUAUGCCAUCAAUUAAAGGUAGAGACAAUACAGAAAGUCCUGAAAAGCUGCAAAAAAGCCCAUCAAAAUCAAUGGUUCCUACUUUAAUCCUUCAUAAUAUGCAAUUUAUUCUCAAUUGCUAA